AUGUUGAGGUUUGGGUUGAUCAGAGGUGCGUACCGUUCCGUAUCGCAUAAUCUUACCCACCAUUGGAAUUAUCAUGCUUCUUUAUUGCCAGUUAGAAGAUGUAAUCAUUGUCGAUGGAUUGCAACUGGCCAAUCAGAUGAAAGUAAGGAUGGGAAAGCGCAAAAGGCUGCAGAAUCAACUGAUAAUGAGAAUGAAAGCCCCCAAAUUAUACAGGAUGCCAUCUCAAAUGAAGCAGCAGAUAGCUCUGUUGAAGAAUUCAAUGAUGUAAAUAAAGACUUUGAGGAUGAUCAGGACAACAAAAGUCCGGCUGAAACUUCAAAGAGUGCAGAUGUGAACGAUUCAUUUGACGCAUAUCUUUCACUUUUUUCCGGAGAUGAACAUCUUGGCGAGGAAGAUUUGCCGAAAAACGAUAAAUCAUCCAUAAAAUCGAAAAAGAUGCUUUUUGAACAGGGAUUUGCACUUCCGUGGGAAAAGGAACAACUUUCAUCAGAGGAAAAUGGAAAAUUGCCUUGGAACUUGAACGCAGCUUUGGAACAGAUGAAUCCAGAAGAAAAGACGGUGGAUAAUGAUCACGUGAUUCUUGGACCGUUUAUUAAGAAGUACUCACCGUUAGAAAAAUUGCAGAGGGGACGCCAUAAGGGCUACCAGUCACCUUUGGCAAGGGAAAAUUACACAAAUAUGGUAGAUUUUGAGAGGGAUGCGAAGGACUUGAUGAUAUUCAGGAAGGAUAUUCCUGAUGAUGAGAUAUUUGAGAAGAUAGAGGAGUUCAAUCCGCAUGAAAAUGUAAUUUCGGUCAAGAGAUACAACAAGCUGAUGCGGGAUAUGAAGUCGGCAUUUAAGCUAUUACAGCUCAGAAACUUUGCAGCAUCGAAAAAGGUGCUUUCUUCUAGGUCGGCCAAUAAAAGUAAAGUCAUCAACAGGAUUAUCAAGAAUUACUGGAAGAUAACAAUAUCCGACAAGGUCAUCGAUGAGGCCGCACUACAGAAAAAGAUACAUAUCACGCUUCAAAAUAAAAGAGAGCUAUUUUUGCUUUUCUCGCACACUGGAUUCAUUACAAACUCCUGGUCUCGUCUUGGGGCUAAACUAACAUUGAAUCCAGAGGGAAGUGAACUUGAGGUCGCCGGUGACCCGAGAGUCGUUAAUUUUGUCCAAGUUUCGUGGAAUGAGCUUUUGAACAAUGUACAGUCGAUAAGUCUAGAGAUGAAGAAUCUUGAAGAUUUCUACAUGAACACGCUACAUAGAAAUCUGCCUAUAGACUUGGUCCAGGAACUCAGCGAUACAUUCUUUGAUGCUGUGAGUGAGAAAGAUCAGCUUUACAUUCUUAGUGCAUUUACUCGUCCUAAUUUGGUUCAUGCAAAAGUUUUAUUGCUUGAGGCCGCAAAUCUUCCCGGAACAGUUACCAGAGUCAUUGACAGGACAUUUAUAGACAAGUAUUUAUCAGAGGCAUCAUUCGAAGAAGUGUAUGACUCUUCUCUUCCAUGGUAUACAACUAGUGAUGGGCCCAUAUAUCGGCUUAAGGUGCCGAAACCUAGAUUGAGAAAAACGAUGCCAGGUGCAAGGCUUUCGGGCAAGGAUGUUGCAUCAAGGGUUGCCACACUAAAGAGGAAAGUUGAACACGCUGAAGAUGAUUUCGAAUACAAUUUCCUAGAGGAUGCAAGUUCCGCGCUUGGCAUAUCUAAUGCAAAUGAAGAUUCACAGAAGAAAACAAACGAGGCGGAAGAGACUAAAUUGGGAGAAGGGGUUACAAAAGGAAGUAAAUCUGGAGAUGGAAUUACAGAAGGAAGUAAAUCUGGAGAAGGAGUUACAAAAGGAAGUAAAUCUGGCGAAGAGACUAACUCCAAAGAACAAACAAAACUGGCAGAUGAAAAGGAAAGAAAAUUCAAAGUGAACCUGGAAAACUUGAGCAAGGCAAUGCUACAUCCAGAAAUUACAAAACAGGAUACUUGGCUUCCGAACAUCCUUAGUGCGACAGUGGGAAGAGUGCUGUUCGAGAAGAAGUCGGCCAAUUCGAACGCGAUAUUUCACAGCAACUUGCCUGAGUUGAGUGGAAAAAUCGCACAGUUAAAGCUUUUGGACAGGUCACAGCACUUGUUUGGCAUUGGAGGAGGUGUAAAGAACCAAUUCACGCAUAAAUUGCAGAUUAAACUUGUUCCAGACGGUUUCAGAAGUCUCGACAACUUCAAAAAGCUUCCAAACAUCGAGAUAUGGCUUGAUGUGAUAAGGCAGGAGGUUCAAUUAGACACUUGCGACACAUUUGUGGACGAGUACGAGUACAAUUAUCGGAUUCCCCUUCCACAAAGAUCGGUGGAUCUCAACUUCCAAUCCAGUUACAACUCACUGUUGAUUGAUAGCAAUGCAGAUGACGACUUAUCAUUCCAGUCAAAGCAAAAACCACUGUUCAAGUUGUUGCACCGGAUUCCAAACAGCCUUUUGAAGAUGGAAGAUCAAGCAUCACUAAGAAAGCUUAUUCACGUUCUACGUAAUCGGACUGUUCCAAUCAGGAUGGGUGAUAGAAAAGCGGAUUUUAUCCAAACAUCUCGUCAUGAGCAGCAGGAUUAUGUUCCAUACCUGAUAACAGAAGUGAAUUUGAAAAGAACGAUAGAACUCGAGUAUAAGAAAAUGCCAGUUAUCUACGAAGUGAACAACAACGGUUCAGAAGAAUCAUACAAGGUGUCUGUUUUGUCCAGUAUUAGUGAAGAAAUGGCACCUGAGGCAAGAGAAGCAGGAUAUAAGAAAUUCUGUGAAAAUGUGUUGCAAUUCAUAAAAUUCUUAGAUGACCCUUUGGAAACCAAAGGUGAAAAACUGUUUAAUGUGUGA